UCUCAGCUGUAGCUUCCUCUCAGGUGUGUUGCCUCAACGAGACCUCAACUGUUUAUGAGGUGUGGAACUCAAGUUGAGAAGUGAGAAAAUGCUGUGAAAACAAUGGAAUUAACUGGAAUCAAUCGAGAAUGCUAUUCAAAAAAUGUUUGAGUGAGCUCUAUGUUGUGAAAGAACUGAACUCAACCGACAAUGCUAAUAUGUUUGAGUGGGUUGACAUGGGGAAGAUUUCUUUUCAACUUCUAGCAGAUGCUUUCACCGUUCCAUGCUGAGUUCUAGAUGAGAUCCGUCUACUGACAGAUGGAUGCUAUUUGAAAAAUGAUUGAGUGUCAGUUUUUUGUAAUAGGAGAGAGAAUACUUACAUGUGGGAGCACGUGGUGUAGAGGGGAAUUUUUUUUUUCGACUUGUAGCACGCUCUCACUCGCACGAGCCUGGAACAGAGAGAGAAACGUAUGCUAUAUAAACAUAAGUGAUGAGAGGAAAAUUAUCAUUUACAUCAGAGCCAGAUUUGAGUAUACUUCACACAUUGUACGAGAUGAGUUCUCCAUCAUCUUCUCAAUCGUUCAUCUUACCAGAUAGCGCACCAGCACACCAACGCAUCCUCAACUACUGGCAGCGGAAAGCUGCCCUCGCUGCUGAGUCGUCCCCUGCUGUACCCGUCCCCUCACCGCUCAGCGUGGAACCACCAUCACCAGGCGGGGAGAUUAUCAUCCCAGACAGCCCUCUUCAACGUCUAGCUCCAGCUGCUACCUGGACUCCGUGGCGUGUGGUGCUAACAACAGUGAGCAACAAGCAGAAGCAGGCGAAGAGGAGGCUGCUGUUUGAGAAGCCUGAAGUUAGCGGGGAUGAGGAGGAGGAGGAGCAGUCAAUCUGCUCACAAACAAAGAAACGAGCUGGAAUAGAGCAUGACUCCUCACUUGCCCUGCUAAUAAAGGAGGUGGAGGACUUUGUCCAACUCAUAAACAAACCUCUACCCAAACCGUGGAUCCCGCUGAGGGAGUUGAAGGAGGAUCUACCAUACCCCAUCAUCUCGGCUCAAGAGGACACCAAUAAACACGGUCGUCGUAGAGAUGAACGUGACAGCGUCAACACCUAA